GGGUUCAAUUGAAAAGACUCGGUUGCUUGGAGCGCUGGCAAGCUGCACGAGUCCAGUGUGAUAUCCUCGGAAGCAUAUGCAAAGAUUCAGAGCUGGCCUGUGAGAACGCAUUGCGGUUUGCUAAUUUCAGUUCGAAGUCCAUCACGUGGUGCGCACAGACCUGGGGAAAAGCUGACUCAAGGGUUGUAAUCAAGAGUGAGUUGGGUGUCUUUUUGCCGAGAGAUUGCUAACGUGGAACGGUAAGUUGCGGAUUCCAUCCGUUGACGUCUUCAUCACGAUUCGGUUCAUCCUGGAGUUUGACUAGUUCCAUGACGCAGGGAGUUGCGAGUGCGCAGGAUCACUUAGAUUUGCAGUUAAUGCAGACGUACCUGUGGUUCACAUGGUCCCCAUGUUUAUCAUAAGUUAAUGGGGUCUUCUCGAUGCUGCACAUCAAUUCACCAAAGUUGUAGUCGCAGUUUCGCGAUUCCUAAGGAGCGUUGCUUUGGACCGCAUUUGAACACAUAGUGACGGUGACAAAUUUGAGCUUCUAGAUUGUAUAUGCCCUGGCUUUCGUAUGCUGUCAAGUUCCCAAACUGGGGUUGUAGCAGUGCAGUCUUCAUCACGCGCUUAAUGGUGGAUGCCGAGUGGGUGGACGGGUCUGUUUGCGGAGCUUUCCUCAUGUGGCUGCCAAUGUAGGGUGCAUUAUGACACAGCAGAUUGCGAACGGAAGUUUGCGGGUUGUCCAAGUGACGGAAAAUACCAGCACAGAAGAUUGGCAGAGGACGACAAAGGUUUUUCGGGCGACGGUUGGAGGUGACUUGUUGUUGGCAUAGCGAAGUGGGAACUGAUAAGGGAGCUCUUUGGUGACAAAAUAAGCGGAGAGUCCCUACAAAAUGUUUCGCAUGGAGUUCAGAGGGGAGCAGUCCCUUGAUUCGGUGGAAGAAGAUGAUGAGCCUUCCACAACAUAUGUAAGAAGCAAGAGAGGAGGCGUAAGGUCCGUCCUCGAGCAAUACAGGGACAGGCCCUCAGAACCUGCGAAGAGUCCUCCAAAGACUUUUGAAGGUCGAGUGGGAAUAUUGGGAGCCCAAAUGCAGCAGAUUUCUAGCUCCAUUAAAGCCUCGCACAGGGUACCACAUCUUACUCCAAUAAUCACCUGCACUUCUAACCCGACUCCCAUCGGUCCGAUACAAAAGAAUUGGGUUGAGGUUGAUCUAAUUGAUUUGGGAUCCCCCAAGGCAGCAGUGACGCUGCACGCUGCCGAAGCUAGUCCUGUCGCCGAGGACGUAAUUAGGGAAUUUGUGAAACCAUUUGCAGAAUCAGUGAACUUAACUCAGCAGUCCAGCCGGGAAUUCAAAGAUGACGAUAUAUUCGUCACAUUCCUUGAGUACCAGCCCAGGCAGUCCUCUGAACGUCGGGACACGCUGACAGAUGGCGUCGGAGAAGUGGAGACAGAGUCUGCAUCCUUUUGGAACGUUGAAGUACCAACCUUGCCGUUGAGGUCCAAUUCCACGCGUAGCAUGGGCAGUAAUUCCUGGAGCGACUCGUCGGACGCAGAGGGUAGUGUCUCCUACGGAAGUAACAAAGACGAGGGGAAAGGGAGCCCUGUCGCAAGAGCUUAUAAUCGUGCCUUCAGAAAAUUAAUGAAAAAGAAAAGCAAGCCUGCUAUACAAGAGCCAAAAUUUGCCAAACCAUGGGAGGAGCCAUUGCUUGCCAUGCAUGAACAAGUGAAGUUGGAACGGAAGAUGCAGAAAGAGGCCACGAUAGAGUCCAGAAAGCUUGCUGAGGAGGCUAGGAAGGAGGCUAGGAAGGAGGCUGAAAAUUCGAAGCGCGAGCUUCUCAACCUCGCGAAUCCGGUACCAGAAUCGGCAUUGAAAAACCACAAGGAGCAGUAUAACAUGCGCAAAGGAAUACACAAGUUGUUCGGCGGAACGUGCUCCAACUCUCAGUCGCGAAGGGAAGGAGUUGCCGCAGAUGCUCGAGAAUCAAAAUUGGUGAUGCCAAGAGCCGGAAUUUUCGAAACAUGCAUGAGUCCUUCUUCUACAGAUGUUGCACUAGCCCACAUUAGAUCUGGACCCCGGCUAUCAGCAAGAAAAGAUAUUUACUUCGCAACAGUUGAAUCAAAUCAACGGGAUGUGGAGGCAUGGACAAUGGAAGAAUACAUGGCAAAAAAUUCCAGACUUGAGGAGUGGGAGUCCAGAGAUAACGACGAAGAAUUUGGAGGGAUCGAGGGUAACCGGCUGCUCAAUCAAUACUUCGAUGACGAUGUAACAAACGAUCACGACAGCGACAGCGAUUGAGAAUUCUACUGACGUUUUUUCUGUAUCCUGUUCCGACUGUGAUCAUUGACAAGAAGCUCCAAGUAGUGUAUCAUUGUUUGGAUAGGAUUGCUGCAGACUAAUAUGCAGUGCGUACUAAUGCAUGCUAUCCUGGAGAUGGCGGUCCUUCAGUUUUACACAUCAAAAUGAUGGCAAGGACAAAGAAAUGAUUCAAGUGAGCUUCCUUAUCUGAUCAGUGAAGCAUUGUUUUCCUUCACGUUGUCUGUCUUAACAGGUUGUUAGCUCGGGCUCUUGACAUUACACCAUUACAGUAUGCUCUGACACCAUAUUCUGUUCUCUCUAUCUAUAUAUUCUGACCAGUCGGCAAGCACCUGCUACCUAUUCCACUUCGGAUGUCCGAUAGGCAUCAUGUUGAAGAAAUUACUUACCCCGUGACUGUGUCUGCAAGACAGUUUUCUAUUUUCAUUUUCCUUCUCUUUUUCAUUACUCGGUUAGUCCUUGUGGACAAUCCUAUAAAAUUUGCAGCUAUGACUUGACUAUCUGGUUGAGAAGAUGACUUGUAGUAUUCAAGAAUGGUGACGUGGAGGGAAUCCAUAACUACCUCUCUCAUUACGUUCACAUAUUCCACUCAAUACGGUGCAAAGGUGCUUAGAUAGUCAAAAUUAAAAUACACUUGUACAUUAAUUUACAGUCUUUGAUGA